GCCCUCACGCGGAAUCGUUCCCAGCUCUCACUCGAUUUUGUAUAAAAAGAUAACCACUCGAGGACUUGUUAUCACAUUUCUCUAUCUUCUCACCAGCAGAACAGUAACAACCAUUCAACGCACAAAAAUGAAAAUCGUAAUUGUUGUCGCUCUCUUGGCUCUUGUCGCUGCUCAGAAAGACAAUGAACCCGUUGCCAUCGUCUCGUCCAACAGCGAAAUGAACGCAGACGGAAGCUACACAUAUGCUUUCGAAACUGCUGAUGGUACUAAGGUUGAAGAAAGUGGAAGCCAGAAGCAAGUGGGUCCCAAACCCGAGGAUAUUGGCACCGUCUCCAAGGGAUCUUACUCGUACACUUCUCCGGACGGAGUCGUCAUCACCGUCAACUGGACCGCCGAUGAGAACGGUUUCCAGGCAACUGGUGACCAUUUGCCUACUCCUCCUCCCAUGCCCGAGCACGUCGUCAAGAUGCUCGCCGAUUUGAAAGCGGCUGGCGUUUUGUAAUCAUUCGGUUAUGUAUAGCCGCCGCCCGAGUGUACAUAUAUAAUUUGAAUUAGUAACCGAGCAUAUGGUGAAUCUAAUUUUGGACUUGUCUAUUACCAGUUGUGUUACAUCAGCUUUUAUACAUCGUCUUCCAGCAAAAUGCAGAAUAAAUUUUGUUUGAUAUGUAA